AUGCAUUGCACAAGACUAUAUUCUAAGGGUCUUCAUAAUUUAGGCAACACAUGUUAUCUUAAUGCUGCUCUUCAAUGUCUUGCAAGGAGUCCAUGGCUUUUAAAUCUGUUGGUUGUCGAUGAACCAAGAGAAUCUACUCUGACUAAACCUAAUGGGGAUUCAAUAUCUACGUUAUGUGUUUCCCUACCACUAAUGAAGUGCCCACUGACAAGUCAAUUUAAGGAACUUGUUUCUGUUUUAAAGCCUGAUGAACUUUCAAAUUCCAAGAUGAGCUCUUCUAACACAAUUAGUCCCGGGAUGUUUCGAAAUGUGUUUGUUGAACGUUGUCCUCGAUUCAGUGGAUUUGGGCAACAUGAUAGCCAUGAAUUAAUUCGUGCUCUCUUGGACUGCUUAAAACAAGAAGAACUUGCACGCUGGAAGAAGGGUAUUUUACUCAAGCUCAAUGUUAACCCAAAAGAUGUUCGUGAUGAUGAGAAAGAGUCUAUUCGCAAUUGGGGAAAAGCAGCUUCAAUAGCCACGACUGUAGAUCGACUUUUCGGUGGGAUUCUUGUCAGUACAUUACAGUGUUGUUGUUGUGGUACUGUUCGCCCUAAAUUUGAACCAUUUCUGGACCUUUCAUUGUCUGUUUCUCAAAACAAUGUUUCAAAACACAAUAUAAAUGAAUUAGUGUCUAAACAGCAUUCUAAAGGUGCCUCCAGUUCCAAACAACUUCGGAAAAAAGAACGUAAACGUAAAACUCAAAAACAACGGAAACGUCAAAAUUUUAUACAUGAUCAUCAGUCAGAUCAGGAAUGUCUAGAUCAGUGCAGUUCAGAUUCAGAUAGUCGAAAAACAAAACAUAUUGAACAUUCACCAUUGGAUACAUUUAUUGCAAUGUGUUGUGCUGAUGCAACAACUCCAAAUGUAGAUAGUAAGCUAAUAGAGAACGUGAAUGGGGAUCUUGACAUAGAUGAGAACCAAUAUAAAGAUAAUAAUGGCAACAACGAUGUAAAUAAGAAUGGGGAGAAUUUGCCCAAUUUGAAUGAAUGCGAGCUUUCAAAUGAAACAUUAAAUCAAAGUUUUUGUGAUGAAGUGGCAUCCUCAGACGGAAAUUGUGCAGACGGUGAAGGCAGUGAUCGAUGUGAUAGUGUUGCAUCACUACAAGUUAUUACAAAUGGCUGUAAUGAAAAUUUACAACAAGUAGAGAUGAAUAAUACCAAUACGGAACAGAUUACUUAUGAAUUAGAAAAGUUAUGCUUGAACACAGUUCCAUCGUUUUCAUGUGAUUCCAAUGAACUAAAUCAAGCUAUUCAUUAUGCGCGAAUCCCACUUGGUCAAAGUAAAAGUAUCAACUCAACAGAAGAUGGAGUCACAUCUAUUUAUGAAUGUCUUUCAAAAUAUACAUCUGCUGAAUUAUUAACAGGAUCUAAUCGUUUAAUUUGUGAUCCUCCACCAAUUCUGACAAUACAUUUGAAGCGAUUUCAACAGGUCGGUGUUCAAUUACGAAAAUCUCAGAAACGUAUUCAUUUCCCAAUCUACUUGGAUAUCACUCCUUUCUGUUCUGUACUCGCUAUGACUCAUUCCAAUCAGAUUCGUUAUCGUCUUUACGGUGUGAUUGAACAUACUGGACAUUUAACUUCUGGUCAUUAUGUAGCUUAUGUAACUGUACCAAAAUCAUACACUAAUUAUAAUGAUAAUCAAUCAGAUCGUAUAGAGCAUCAAUUCAUUGGCUCAUUGAAUCGUUCACCUAAAUGGCCUUUAUCUGUUAAUGAUUUAAUUCAACGUCUUCGUCGAUGUGAUCAUCAUCAAUUGUUAUUGUCAUCGAAUAAUUUUAUGUCUUGUACUCAAAAUGGCAACAACACUAUCAAUCAUUCAACAAGUCAUAUUAAUGAAGUGAUUGAUGAUGAUCAUGAUAAUGAUGAUUCACGUCAAUGGUUCUAUUGUUCCGACAGUCAUAUAACACGUGUAUCUCAGUCAACUGUAUUGAAUUGCCAGGCUUAUGUUUUAUUUUAUGAACGUAUUGAAUGA